GAAAGAGAGUCGCAUUUACUUCCGAAAGUAGUUUCAGUGACGUCACUUCCGUUGUCUGGACGCUGGUUUGGUCGUCAGGGCGAGCAGGAAAACCGCAGUUCGAAUUGAAAUAAUACAAGAAAUAGAAGUGAUAUAAUUUAAGGAUAUUUUACAGAAUGUAUAAGUAUAUUAUUUUGUAUCUGAAUGAACACUUUAGAUUGAUAGAUGAACCGCUGGAUGAUAAUUAGGACCCAAUGCAGUAUUAAUUCCUGUACAAUCCUCCAGAGUCUCUUUGUAUUCCUGGUUUUCUUCCAGUUUAAAAUGUGGAAUCGUGGAGGAAUACGCAGUUCAGCUCUGGAAAGGGCGAAAGCUCAUCUCUCUGGACUGAGAGUUUUAAACAGAGAUGAUGAGAGGAGAAAUGUGCUCAGGACCAGUGCUGGAAAAGUCCUGCAAUCCAGACAGAUGUCUAUACACAGCCUAAGCGAUCUCUCCUCAGCUGCUGAAAGUGAGAAGCAAGAUGAUCAAUCUCAUCUCGCUCAUGUAGAGCCAGUAGAACACUAUGUCAUGGGUGGUGGAAGUAGAUUUCUAAAAAAGUCUGCCAACUGUCAGUCUUCUCCUGCUUACACAAGCGAGGACAUGCUGGUCCCUCAGCAUGGCUCACAGAGCGUGGCCCUAGGCAGACUCGCUCUGAUCGAAGACCGCAUCAGAAAUCGUAUGAACCACAAGCUUGGAGUAGACACAGGUGCAAACCUUCAGUCUGGUCUUUCUGUCCAGUCCAGUAGCGAACUUAGUGCAGGAGACGACAGUCGUUUCCUUAAAAAGAAAGCAUCUGCUCCAAACCGCCAAAAGGAGUCGGAGGCCGCAGACAGACAUUUCCAUGACACGCUCUGUGUCUCGUAUGCAAAAAAACGUGAGCAUGGACAGCGAUGAAGAAGAUAUGCGCAGACUCCUGGGAGAAUCCUUCAAAUCGCCAGAUGAGCUCAAAGGCAUGAGACAGACGGAGACAAACCCUAAGCUGGCUGAUAAGGCAUACAGGAAAAGCAGUAAAGAGGUUGUCGAAAAGCAGCCGGUUCGGUCAGCAUUCGCAGCACAGCGGCGUAAGAGCCUCUCUCCAUCACCACCGUCGUCUCCUAAAAUCUCCUCACCCAGCAGGACUUUGUCCAAUCGAUCGGACCUCAUCUCGUCCCUGCACUCUGCACCCGAUCACAGCGAGAUCAGGUCCCUCGAGGAGCUCUUCCCCCUCGCUGAUAAUCACGAUGACACACACAGUGAGACGAGCGUGCUGUCUGAUGAUUUCAAGAUAAAUGUGAUGACGCUGGACGAUUUGGCUCCUGAUACCCUUGAUCUAGCCGGAUCAUCCAAAGAAAAGGUACAGUCUGACGCCAGUCCUCGGGGUCUCGUCGCGUCCUCAGCUGGAGAGCUCUUCCACAAGCCUGAGAACAAAUCUACGUACGAGAGUGAUUUUGAAAGCGAGAUCCAGACCGAGGCGGCUCAGAGUAUCAACGACGUCUCCGAACAUCUAUCCGGUGGAUAUGAACACUCCUUCGUAGCUUCUGAGUCUCGAUCCCAGUCGGACGAUGAUGACGAUGAGACGCUCUCAAAAAAUACCCAAGUCUGCAAAGAUCUGUCGCAGUAAAUCUGAGUCAAGUUUAAGCAACAGAGGAGGGUGUGACACGCCAUCUUACACCAGAGACGCCACACAUACACACACU